AAAAAUGAUUCGGGUCAAAAAAUUCCGCCCAAAUUCACGUUCAUCUUCUUCGCCCGGUUCAUCACUCCUGUUGUUGAGUGUUUUUUAGAAGGAAAGCCGGGUUCUGCGUCUCCUUCUUCUGCCUACGAUUUCUCCUUCAUAUUCAUUGAUCAAUCAUCCUCCUCGUCCUGGCAGACAUGAAAUGGUCUAGCUGACUAUAUUUGGAGCUUCAAAAUCGGUUUGGCGAAUUGAAUCUCAAUAUGUAGUCUGGUUUAAUUUUUGAUCUUUUAGUUCCAUCUCUGUUUUGACUAUAUAUCUUCACUACUGUACUGCCAUGUACUUGGCGUUUAUGAAGAACUUAAACUUAUAUUUAUGAAAACUUCAUAUACUGGUAUCAGUGACUAUUUCCUCAGGCUGCAAUGGCUUCAGACCAGGCAACUUUGGAUGGAAGCCUCUCGUCAACUGAUUUCCAAAAUUCUGCUAAUGCUUUUGCUCAAAAGUGGAACGAGUUCAAUUCUGGCUUUCCUGAGUGGUCAUGGAUUGAUUGCUCAAGCAGAUUAGGGUUUCACAGAGUUACUGAAGGAUAUUUGUCUUUACAGCACGUGUUCUUUCCGAGAUCAAUUGAGGAAGAGCAUGAUGAAGGCAAUUCUAAUGAUCACCAAGAACCUUUUGAUACUGCCACUUUGGUACAGAGCAACAAUGAUAGUAAUGAUGGAGAUUGGUAUGAUUUCCAUGUGGUUUACAGUUCUUCCUAUAGGGUUCCGGUGCUAUACUUCCAUGCACAAACUAGUGAUGGACAACCUCUGAACGUUGGUGAAAUUGAAAAGAACCUACCAACCAAAUCGAGCGAUGUGCUGAUGGAUUCAAAAUGGACUUUCAUAACUCAACAAGAGCACCCAUACUUGAAUAGACCAUGGUACAUGUUACAUCCAUGUGGGACAAGCGAGUGGAUGAAGCUACUUCUUGCUGAUCAUAAUUCAACAGACAGAUACUUGGUAUCAUGGUUUACAGUGGUAGGCCAAGUGUUUGGUCUAAAAUUACCACUUGAAAUGCUAAAAAGCUAAAUUAGUUAAAACAUUUCAUUUCAUGCUGUCAUCAACAUUGGAUACUUUUAUAACAUCUGUUCCCAAAACUUUAGUUGUUCUAAUAAUCUACUCUACUUUAACUGGUGA